GGAAGACAAAAGCGACAGAGACCCUUGUGCAGAUUUUCGAAGCGAUAGGGUCAAUCCUAACACAGCAGAAUAUAUAUAUGAAAUGAUUCUGUUUGAGAUUUACGAUAACAUCCGUGCAGACUCUUGACGUCAAUACACUCUACCAGUACUCAUCAUAAUGGCACGAACUACAAUAUCAUCGGCACCUUGAUCACAAAAAUAUAACAGGAUCAACAGACGUAAGCCUAAAUACACCAGGAUAGGUGUCAAAGAGCCACAAAGUUACAGCUGAGACUGAUCUGGGAAUUACAUUGAGAUUGGACUCUAACAGGAAAGAAGUUUUGGGUGUGAUUAUCAUUGCACUUCCUGUACAGGUAAACAGUCAAGGACGUGCUAUACUGUUACAAAGUGCUGUAAGACCAUAACUUGUGGGCCCAGAGGAGGUGUGUGUCAAUUGCCUAGUGCCUUGGGACUCCAAUGAGGUGCAGUCCAGCCACCGACAGCCCUACUGAUGAUAGUAUUACCAUAUGCUUUAAGGUGGAACUGAUAUGUUAAGCCUUGUAACGUUUCUGUAAGGACAUGGCAAGGAAUCAAGUGAGGCCGACUUUUCUAAGUUUGACAGCAACUGACUGUUGAGCCCCCCGGGUAUCAUAGGGAUCAGCUGUCACACCAUACUCAGGCAGGAAGUGCAAGAAAACAGACUUGGACAUAUUUAACUGUGAUUGUGGAAUAAUUUCUCUGUGGAUGUAUGUGUAAACAUAGAAGGCCAGCCUCCGCAACAGCUAUAGGGGAUGCUACAUAGGUAAUAUAAGGCGUGAUGGUGUAAUCAUGACAGCCGUGGAGUGGUAAUGGAAUGACUUCAAUAUUCGAGAACAUGUACAGAAAUUGAUACUCCCACGUAUUGCGUGACGAUCCGAAGGACAUGCUCCAAUCUUGUAAUGUUAUGAUACCCACUGGAUAACUACCUAGGAUUAAACGAAGAGGAACAAUAUUUUAUUCCAAACACCAGGACAUAUUUUCAGGAUGGAUGAAUCAAGGACUUGUAGAUUAACAGGCAGACUUAUUCGCUGUGAAGUGGUUCUGUUCUUCACAAUGCUGUGGGCUAUUUUGCCUUAUUCUGGUACUAUGGUAUUAACAACGUGUGGAAAUUUACAUCCCCAAGAUUUGAAAGUGGAGACAUCUCAGGAGUUUGAGCCUGGCAUGACCACACCAGAAAAAUUAUAUUACAGAUAUUUACAUAUAGACGAAUCAUCUAAUUCAUUAUUUGUAGGAGCCAUGAAUCAUAUAAUUCGCUUGAAUGUAGCCAAUAUAUCAAAUAAAUUUGAUCACUACAAGUUAAAAGUACAAGCUACAGACUUACAAAUUAGUUAUUGCAAAUAUGACGCAAAACCUGAGAUUCCAGAUUGCCAGAAUCAUAUUCGAUUUAUAGAAAGAUAUAUGACGUCAGAUCCAAACCAGAUCUAUUUUUGUGGGACAGGUGCCUCGGAGCCUCUCGGCUACACCCUCAAUAUAGAUGUGAUGGAGACGAGCGAUGGCCAGGGCAUAAGUGCCGAAUCCAUGUGUCCUAACGAUCCAUUCCAAAACUCCACAGCGCUUUAUGUUGAAAGUGGAAACCCUGGCAAUGUGUCGGCCCUGUACUCUGGAACGAGUGCCUCUGGACGGCCAUUUAUCUACAGACCUCGUCUGCUGGACAACGGGGUGGAGUCUAGUGGUUACAUGAAGACAGUCGAUGAUGACAACUGGAUAAAUAAGGGACAGUUUGUUGGCUCCUUCGACAUGGGUGACAGUGUCUACAUCUUCUUCAGAGAAGUAGCAUUGGAAUUUACCAACUGUGAGAAACGGGUCUUCUCCAGAGUGGCAAAGAUCUGCAAGAGGGAUCAGGGAGGAGCCAGAAGUAUCCUGAGGAACGGGUGGACAUCGUUCCAGAAGGCUAGACUCAACUGUUCUAUUCCUGGAGACUUCCCAUCAUACUUUGAUGAAAUCCAGGAUGUCGAGCGAGUUGGGGAUAUAUUCUAUGGCCUCUUCACAACAAAUGUGAAUGGUAUAUCAGCCUCAGCUAUCUGUGCGUACAAUGUCAGUGACAUUUUAAGGUCCUACAGAGGAAAGUUUAAGUCACAGGCUAACGCCAACUCCAACUGGCUACCUGCUGACAACGAACCUGCCAACUGGCCUAGUAGACCACCAAAUUGUAACAAUAAUUCAAAGGACCUAUCAGAUGCUAUUCUGUCCUUUAUACGACUAAACCCCCUUAUGGACGAUGCUGUACAACACCUCAACGGGAAGCCAAUCUUCUACGAGAUGGGAACACAGAUGCAUCAGUUAGAGGUAGCACAUGAUAUCAACAUGGAAAACGAGCUGGUCUUCUUCGCUUCCACAAGUAAAGGCCAAAUUUACAAGAUAUUCCUAGAGCACGGUUCCAAGCAGGGCAUAGUCUCCAGUGUAUAUAACCUCUUCAACAUUCCUGAACCCAUAUGGGCUAUGAAACUUAAGGGAGAGAGUAUAUAUGUUGGAUCUGAUACGGCGGUCAAACAAAUCCAUAUAGACACCUGUAGCAAGUAUACUAAGACGGACACUUGUGCUAACGACCCCUACUGUGCCUGGAAAAUUGUUCCCGGGGAAUGUAUCAGAAUGGACAGGAAUUACUUCAACGAAGCGGUCAACUACUACACAUACAAGAAUAUAAAAGCGUACACGCCACAAGCACCUAUGGCUAACAAAGUGAGGACAAGGGGGAGCUCCGUAACACUGGACAUCUCCUACAUGAAGUGUACCAUACAGCGGUCAAUCCGGUGGAAGUACAGGAAAACCUCUGGCACCAAUCCUACUGACAUUAUGUUUGGAGAGCGCGGAGACCAUUUUCAUAUUGACCCCAAAGGGUCACUGAUCAUAACAAACAUAGAACCAGAUCAUAAAGGAAUUUACAGUGCUGUGGAUGAGAUGGGAAAUGUUCUGUCCGAGUAUGACCUAAACGUUUUAGAAAACAAUGGUGACAUAGAAACAGAAUGGAAAAGGAAAUUUGAGGAAUGGUGUGAUGAAUUUGAAAAACAGAAAAGGAUCAGAGAACUAUGGGAAAACACAUGUACAGGUUCUUAGGUCAAAUUCAACUUCAGAAACACCAAGACAGUCUGUACGUGACUGUGAUGAUGGCAGAAAACCACAAGUACAAGUCUACACAGAUGCUCUGUACUCACUGUAUCCGACGUUCCAACAUCUGUCACCAGCUCCAUCUAUGGACAUAACCAAAAACAUCUAGUGAUUUAACCAAAAGGAUUUCAGUUUUAAUUCAACUUGAACACUGCUACGUGCAUUGGAAUAGAUUUUACCAAUUCCAGAACAAUAUAUCUCACCUAAUGUGGAGAUUACUGAUGUAUUUACUUCAAUUAACAAAUAGAAACCAUUUUCGAAUAAUUUUGUGAAAGGGGAGACAACUCACUUCCUUUUGUCUUGAAUUUGCACCUGUAAUAUGGAAGUUUGAAAAGUAUGUCGGUCUCCAAUCUUUUAAAUCAAGGAUAAGGACUCGUCUCAACCAGAAGGGUGAUGGAUUGUGUUUGAAACGGUCAUGGCUAAUGGAACAUGGCUGACAACCCAGAUGUUCCACAGUGUAGACCCGCUCCGGCCCCGGACAUUGCAGAUUUUGUUUGUUGGGGCCAGGACUGGACUGGUUUCUUCAUUGCUGUAUUGGAAUCAUUUAAUGUGGUUUUUUGGAUGGGAAGCUAUUGUGAUCCCUUUGUUUACAGGAACCACUUCAGAACCAGAUGUGUUUCCGUGAGCCAAUGUCAGGAUUGGAUGUUAUUUCAGUUUAGAGGAACCAUGAUCCCAGUAACAAUUGUUCACCACAGGGUGUGGUUCCUUUAUAUACUGCAGCAUCUCAGGAUGUGUCUGUUUCUCUGAAAGGAAAGCUUGUUUUAGUAUACUAAACAGUAAACUUAAUCUUGUCAACACACAAUGCAUACAUGGUGUCACAAUUGGAAAAUGUGGGUUUGUUAUUUUACAUGGUAUGUGUUCGUUGUGCAGAUUUCAUUAUUGCAUCUGCUCCAGCUAGAAGAAAAAAAGUGAAAAAAAAUUACGUCUUGUUAUGUUUACUUCAGAACAGAUGGUGAAGUUUAUAAAGGUAUAGACAUGAUAUUACUGCUUGAUUUGUAGUCUGGCAAAGAAACUAUAGUCUAGACCAGGCAGCCUGGGCAACAGGGCGCACGCUCAAUUAGCAGUCACCUGCCUGGCACAGCAUGUUCUAUAAGGAUAUUAUACCGUUCUUCGGCUUCCUCCUGUUGGUCGUCGCUUCAUUGCACUUGUAUUACACUAUACGUUUCAACAAGUGGAACUAGAGGGUAGGAUUUUCUACAGGGUUUGUGAGUAGUAAUUCUCUUGUGUUUAUAAAAAUGUGCCACAUAUGUAACACAGAACCAUUGAACACUCAAAGUGCAAUGUGGGUGAUCAAACUUUUAAAGAUAAUUGUGCCACAUUGUUAUCAAGUUUUGUGCUAUGUUGGUUUCUCUCCGGGACAUUCCAAUGUAGUUAGGGAGAUUACCGAUUCAUCAUCGAAUUUGUUCAGUGUGUAACUGUUGCUAUAAUUACUCGUGUUUUGUUGAGUAUCUGUGUGAGUGUUAACAUGGUGUAUAUGUAUAGGUAGAACCUGUACCCUAUGUCCUACAGACAGGUAUGUAAAAGGUACGUCAUUCAUUGGAUCAGUAGUGUUUGUAUAUAGCUCACAGAUGUAAAUAUAUGCAACAUGAAAAAAAUCAAAAUUAUUUUGUAUUGUCCGAGUUAUUUGAUUGAUAUCAAUGUAAGUAGAUAAGUUUAUUAUGUAUUUUCUUGACAAUGAUCUUGUGUGAAGAAUUUCGUUAAGGUCAAACGAAUUCAACAAUACAAUACCAAAUAAAUACAGUGCAACCUCUCGAAUCCACACCACAGCAAUCAAGUCUGUACACUUAUAUUUAGUAUUUAGUUUUCCAAUCAGAGGUCAUCAAAGUUUUUUAAUAGGACGUUUUAUUCUGAUUAUAUAUUUUUUCCAUAAGUAAGUGUCUGGACAGACAAGAUACCACUGUAGCUAUGGUUACCUUGUUAGUGGACACAAACAGAACAGUGUCACACUGUUAGGUAUUUGUCCUUUAUCACACACUUAUAAAACUAGGUAUCUACAUGUAGUUUAAGUAUGAGGUACAUAUACAUUUCUCUAUUACUGAAUUAAACAUUUCUAUUUGUUUACAUUAAUGGCUAUCUGUGUUGCCCCUUGCCUUACUUGACUUACUGUAUCACUCUGUCUCGUUUAUAUUUCGGCUGUCCCCUUUAAAUGGUACAAUGUUUGCUAUGAAUAAUUACAUAUCAAGUAAUCAUCAUAACUACUAUUAUUAUUCCAGCUCAACAAAAUGAAAUUUAAUUGCAAAUUUCCCUUUAGUAAAUUAAAUGUCCGUGUACAUUGUCAUUGAUAAUAUAUACAAAUACUCUACAAUCUGACUUAAGUUGUGUCUGAUCUGACUGGGAGACUUAUGUUGUGUCUGAUCUGACUGGGAGACUUAUGUUGUGUCUGAUCUGACUGGGAGACUUAAGUUGUGUUUGAUCUGACUGGGAGACUUAAGUUGUGUUUGAUCUGACUGGGAGACUUAAGUUGUGUCUGAUCUGACUGGGAGACUUAAGUUGUGUCUGAU